AUGAGAUGGGGUCAUAAAGCUAAUCCAGAUAGGUGGUUCAUAAACUUACAACCUCAAUUCCAAGAAGUUGUAGACGCAAUGGAAGUGAAUGGUGAACCAGAUGUAGCUGGUAUUUUCAGCGCGGCUUUAAUGCCAUUGAAAGAUAUGAAAGAUGCAGAUAUUUUGAACCAGUAUGAAAUGAACAUGGCUGAUGGAAAUAUAACACCUGACGUUCUAGAACAUUUAUCUCAAAGAACUACACAGAACCAUAGAGAUGGUAUAUUUGGUGAAGAGUUUAGAAAGAAAGUUAGGGAGAGCGAAGGAAGAGAACCUAUUGUACAUGACCUUGCAAACGAAAGUUUGCAAAAUGUCAUAAAAACUUACUUUGCAGACAAUGAACUGAGAAGGGAUGAAUAUUUAAGAAAACUCAAAUGGACAGUACCAAAUGAAAUGUUAGUAUUGAAAAACAUGUUCCUUGACAAAAUAAAACCAACUACAGAAAUAAACGACGCAAGACUGAAAGAUUGGGUAAAAGCUUUCCCAUUCACAAAAGAUAUUGUUGGUAACAUGGAAAGAAAACCAGAAUGGCUACAAAAACAUAUAUUUGGAAACGAGCAUAUUCCAUAUGGACAGGCACUGUUUGAAGAGCUUGAACCAGAAACUCAGGACAGAGUCAUGCAAACAAUAAGCGACGACUCAAAUACAAACUAUGACAAAAUCUUUCUAGGAUAUAGGUUACCUGAGAUGGGCGACCAGAGCCAAAAGGCAAAAAGGACAUGGGAAAUUUGCAACAUACUAGAUGAACAUAAUGCAAAGAUGCAACAACUUCAAGCAGAGGGCAAUGAAGGAAAAAGAAGAGUUAAAAACUCAGUCAGGAAGAAAGUAAAGCUUGGUCCACGUGGGUUCUAUUAUGACAUAUAA